UCACUCUCCUUCCUUGCUCUCGAAAGUCAUUCAGAAACAACAAAAUGGGUGGAAAUUCGCCAUGCGCUUCCUGCAAGUUGCUAAGGCGCCGGUGCGCCAAAGACUGCACUUUUUCCCCCUACUUCCCCUCCGAUGACCCCCACAAGUUUGCCAUUGUUCACAAGGUCUUUGGUGCUAGCAACGUUGGAAAAAUGUUGCAGGAGCUUCCGAUUCACCAGAGAGCGGACGCAGUGAGCAGUUUAGUUUACGAGGCGAACGCAAGAGUGAGAGACCCUGUUUAUGGGUGCGUUGGAGCCAUAUCUUACCUGCAAAACCAGGUCUCUCAGCUUCAAAUGCAGCUAGCAGUGGCUCAAGCAGAGAUACUGAGCAUCCAGAUGCAGCAUGAGCCGGUGAUGCCAACCCCACAGAUAGAUCCAGAUGAAAAAUCGCACUUUCUCCACGAUAACCUCCCUCAUCAUUACCUUAAUUUUGCCUCAUCUAGCAAUGUAAUUCAUGACUCUUUCCAAAGAGAGAGCAUAUUUGGACAUGACAUGGUUUCUUAA